AUGUCCGGCCAGAUACACUGUGAAUUUCACAACGCUGGGCUACCUAAAGGUUCAUCAAAGACCGCUAUUCACCUAUUAGGAAAGAACACGCCGACCCAAUGUUUCGACCAAAUAACUACCGCGAGCGGGCUCUCGCAUGUCUUUUCGGCCCCGCCAUCGUCGCCUAUCCGCGGCGAUCUUGUGUAUCGAACAUCUUACCAUGCGGAGGAGGGGUUGAUAGUACUAGUGUAUAUACCGCGUGCGGAUGGGGAAGGGAGGCUGGACGUGCGUAGUUCCGAAGCUUCUAAACCCUCGGAGAUCAAGAAUUCCGCCAACACUGAGCGAGAUACAAAUUUGGCGUUCCGAAAAAUCCACAAUCUAGUCGAGAACGCCUGCAGAGUAAAGAUACGGUGCAGGCAAAGGCGCACAGUCGCUACAUCUGAGAAUUUGAACUCCCCAAUCUUUAGAACCCCGGUCACUCCAAAAUUCAAUGUCUAUCCAGCAAGCCUUGAAGGGUUUCAUGACGUUAGCCCGACUCAAGAACCCAUACCCAUUAAUUGGGGCGUGAGAUCAUUGGUCGGACAAACGAUGGUGCGCAAGCCUCAUUCCCAAUCGUCGUUCCAGGAGAUACUAGGUGAAUCUCGCGCAGAGACUGGACUCACCGCUGUCACUCCACAGGCCGUUACACCCCGCACUACUACUAUCUUUCCGGAGAUCAAGGUGGUACCAAGAAAGAGAAAGCUACCAACGAGCUUUAGUACAGCGACGGGGGAUAGAAAGCGGCCCUGCGUAAAUCUAAGCAUUUACGUCAAAGACCUGCACAAUCCUGCAGGAGACCCGAUCCAUGAUGACAACGACAUCCUGGAUCAGGAGCAAGAAGGCACAGAUAGCGCAAUAUCAAAAAAUGUUAUCUUGGGCGAUGGCAAUGAUGUACUGCUGAAGACUGGUCCUUCUUGGCAGGAUUUACGCCGUCUUCCGUGCGGGAGAGUGUGUUUUGAUCCUGCUUUCUAUGGUUGUUGA